AUGAAUUCCAACGGCAGCUUUCAUCCGCGGGCCUUUCCAGACAGCAACGUCCAGAUGGAGAGCUUCAAUAAUCAACAAUUGAUAAGCAUGAUGAUGCUCAACGAGACCUACAGCAGUGGUAUUCUGCAUCCCGCUACCUCAACAAAACUUUGGUCCCAAGAAAAUCACUCCCCGAAUAUGGACUAUUACGUCAAUGGCAUGGUAUACUUUAUUCAAAUUCGCUUGGGCAAUCGCCUGUCUUUGCAAUUUCGCGCCGUCAGCUGAAAUAUUUGACAAAGCUCAGGCUGUUUGUUCGUCCAGAGAGUUGGCUCGGAAUAGAACAUGGUUUGGUUAUACUGUACAACAAUAUUAAUGCACAUCUCUGGAUUGUUUUUCAGGCUCCCAGCUCACCAUCAGGUUCUCUAAAUAUGCCAAGUCCGGUCGACUACAAUAAUUAUUCGCCACAGGAGUCUUACUCUUCGUCGUGUUACAACUCUCCGGAGAGGAUGGACUCGAGUUAUGGGUUUGUUCCAGAGCACUACCACUACCAGCACUGCAACCUCCAGCACUGCUACUGCCUGUCCCAUUGGUCGGGUACCCAGGAAAGCAGCUCCACUCCAGAAUACGUAACUUAUGGCACAACAGACUGUGUACACGCCUCGCCUGUGGAGGACAGCUAUUUCAGGCGGGAAUUGUCAAGUUCAGAGAUGUGCUACCUUUGA